AUGGGGGCAGGUGCCGCCGGCUGCGCCAUGGACCGGCCGCGCCUGCUGCUGCUGCUGCUGGGGGUGUCCUUCGGAGGCGCCCAGGAGGCGUGCCCCACCGGCCUGUACACCCACGGCGGCGAGUGCUGCAGAGCCUGCAACCUGGGGGAGGGCGUGGCCCAGCCGUGUGGGGCCAACCAGACCGUGUGUGAGCCCUGCCUGGACAGCGUGACGUUCUCGGACGUGGUGAGCGCCACGGAGCCCUGCAAGCCGUGCACGGAGUGCGUGGGGCUGCAGAGCAUGUCGGCGCCCUGCGUGGAGGCGGACGACGCCGUGUGCCGCUGCGCCUACGGCUACUACCAGGACGAGGGCACGGGCCGCUGCGAGGCGUGCCGCGUGUGCGAGGCGGGCUGGGGCCUCGUGUACUCCUGCCAGGACAAGCAGAACACCGUGUGCGAGGAGUGCCCCGACGGCACCUACUCCGACGAGGCCAACCACGUGGACCCGUGCCUGCCCUGCACCGUGUGCGAGGACACCGAGCGCCAGCUGCGCGAGUGCACGCGCUGGGCGGACGCCGAGUGCGAGGAGAUCCCUAGCCGCUGGACCACACGGGCCACGCCCCCAGAGGGCUCGGACAGCACCGGCCCCAGCACCCAGGAGCCCGAGGGACCUCCGGACCAAGACCCCGUGGCCAGCACCGUGGCAGACGUGGUGACUACAGUGAUGGGCAGCUCCCAGCCCGUGGUGACCCGGGGCUCCAGUGACAACCUCAUCCCCGUCUACUGCUCCAUCCUGGCCGCCGUGGUCGUGGGCCUCGUGGCCUACAUCGCCUUCAAGAGGUGGAACAGCUGCAAGCAGAACAAGCAAGGAGCCAACAGCCGGCCGGUGAACCAGACGCCCCCGCCCGAGGGAGAGAAACUGCACAGCGACAGCGGCAUCUCCGUGGACAGCCAGAGCCUGCACGACCAGCAGCCCCACACGCAGACGGCCGCGGGCCAGGCCCUCAAGGGGGACGGCAACCUCUACAGCAGCCUGCCCCCCGCCAAGCGGGAGGAGGUGGAGAAGCUGCUCAAUGGCUCUGCGGGGGACACCUGGCGGCACCUGGCGGACGAGCUGGGCUACCAGCCGGAGCACAUAGACUCCUUCACCCACGAGGCCUGCCCCGUCCGCGCCCUGCUCGCCAGCUGGGCCGCCCAGGACAGCGCCACGCUGGACGCCCUCCUGGCCGCCCUGCGCCGCAUCCAGCGAGCCGACAUCGUGGAGAGCCUGUGCAGCGAGUCCACCGCCACGUCCCCCGUGUGA